UACACGCUCCGGAUAGUGGACGUAUUCUCGUAGUCUGCUCGCGCUCGAUACACGCCAGAUCCUUUUGCACAAAAGCAACAAUACUAGUACAAGCUUGCGAAAAAAAAGUGGGAAAAUAAAAAAAUAAAUCUCAUCAGAACACCUGACCGAGUGCGUAAAUAACACAAAACAACAAGGCAGUUAAAGUGUUUGCAAGUUAAUUGGACAGGAUAUAAUUUGCAAAAAGCUAUUUUGGGAGUGAGAAGUGAAACAUAAAGAAAGUUCAAAAAGAGUAAUAAAAAAUCAACAAAACGAAUCAAAAGUGAUUAAGAGAGCAUUUAUAACUGAGUGAAAGUCAAGUGUAAGAAUAAAGUGAUUUCAAAGAAAGGAAUACAAAAAGUAAAUCUUCCGAUCGACGACAAAGGGCAAUACUAAAUGAUGAAGUUUGUGGCCACCGAAAUGAUUAAUAUCGUCAGUAUAAUGGAACCGGCUAGUGAGGAGGAGGAGGCGGGAAGUGAGCCAAUGAGUAGUAGUAAUCGUGCCAGUAAACGCACGAUUUCGUCGUCGUCGUCGUCCUCCUCUUCCUCCUCCUCGUCGGCGGGCUUCGACUCCUACUGUGUUUCGUUGGCUGUAGGACCGCUGUGGUGGUCCGAUGUCCCAACACCCAGAACCGACCACGAUAGGGCGUCUCCCUUGAAAGAAUACAAUCGCAAGACAUCUAUAGAUUCGACCACCACCGCUUCGUCUGAGUAUACCGAUCUUGAUUUCACCGAGUCGACCGUAGAUUACAUGAACCAGCAUGAGGCCGCCGUCAUCCAGGAGGUGCUGUCCCAGCCGACGCCCACCCAGGUCACGCUGAAGCUGUUCGUGACCGCGCAGAAGUUCAGCUCCUGGGAGACGAUCUUCAGCCCGCUCGACAACAUGCUGUACGUGAACCUGCCGUCGACGAUGUCGCACGAGGCCUCGAAGCACUCGUUCAUCUCGCUGCUGGAGUUCGCCGAGGAGAAGCUCGAGUGCGACGGCGUCAUCCUGUGCAUCCGCAAGGACCGCCUGGACCGCCCGAACCUGGUGCGCACGUUCUCCUUCGUCGGCUUCCAGCCGGUCAGCCCCAAGUCCCCGCUGACGCCGCCCCACAUCGAGGAGCAGCAGAAGGGCGAGUACCUCUUCAUGGUCUACAACAUCGAGGAAUAAAAGAAAUCAGAAAUCAAAAAUCACUCUCAGACGGAGGCGUGUGGGUGCGUUUCGUCGAUCAAAAUUAAGUCUCCUGCCAGUGGUCUCGCCACUUCCAGAACGUCUCAGUGGCAUUUAAACCUGUUUAGUGACAUGCGGAGAAGAGAGGGGGGGAGUGCGCGGCCACUGGCCAGAGUAAGGACACGUCGGGACGCCGAGCUUCGAUUGGUGGCAGAUCGUCGCAUCCCAAAUCGGUGCGCCCGAUGAAUCUGUUUUGAUCGCGACGCAUUAGCAAAUGCCAUCCCAAACAACGACUUCAGCGAAUAUUUUCACCGUGUAAUGCAACUACAUAAACUAAGAUCAUCGUGUAAAGUUGAAGAAGUAAGGAAAUGAGAAGAGCUAAGAACAUCUCUCUUUUCACAAAAGAUUACAAUACCAAUAACAGCAUUGAAAACAUACAUACAUACAUACAGAUACAGAUACAGAAAACACUAACAGUACAUAAGCUAUCUUGUAAGUGACAACAACAUAUAAUGCGUAAUCCUAAUAUUCAACGGUCGAACACUUGCGAUUUUCAAUUAUUUCAAGUGAAAUGCUUCUAUCAUCAAAUAAAUUAGAAAAUCCAACAAAAAAAAUUAAAAAUGUUUUAAAAAUCACAGCAAAAAAAAUAACAAAAUGUAGAAAAAUCUUUUUUAUAAAAAAUGUAACGUUUUUUACAGAAGAGAACAAAAAAAAGAAGAUACAAACAUAUUAACUAACUAUCUAUAAUAGAAGAAAUCGAGUAAGGAGGAACAAAGAACUUUCCCCUGAGCAAAAGCAACAACAACAACAAAUUGAAUUGAACUAGCAAACAGCUAAG